AGGAGGGGCGCGGCCAGGCUUAAAGGAGACGCGCCCCUAGGGGGGGAGGGGGGAGGGUUGUGCUGUGCUGCUGCCGCUCUGCUGCGGCGUCACUGGCGCGGGUGCUGACGUCAUCCGGCGGAGGCGCCGGCCCCCGGCCGGUCAUGGCGUGAUGGCAGUGCAGCGGUGAGCCAUGGGGCAGUCAGCAAGCCGGGAGCGGAGCCGGGAGCGGAGCCGGGAGCCGAGCGGCGGCGGCGGCAGCGCCGGGCCCUGCCUCCUCGACCUGUCCGCGGUGCCGGACGAGGUGCUGGCGCUGAUCCUGAGCUGGGUGCCGGCGCGCGCCCUGGCCACCCGCUGCCGCCUGGUGUGCCGGCGCUGGCGGGCCGCCGUCGACGGGCCCACGGUGUGGCGGCUGCGGCUGGAGCGGGCCGGCCCCGCCGCCUGCCUCGAGGCCGCCCGCCGCGGCCCCCCGCCGCCGCCCACCGCCUGGGCCCGGCUCUGCGUGCUGCAACCGUUGGGUCGCAACCUCCUCCGCAACCCCUGUGGCACAGAGAAAUUCGCCCACUGGCAGGUCCAGAGCGGCGGUGACGGCUGGGCGAUAGAGGAGAACCGGCACCCGCUCGAGGGUGCCCCGGCCCAGACCUGCUUCGUCUCCUCCUACAACUGGUGCAGUAAAUCGCAGCUCAUCGACCUGCUGGCUGAAGGAUUCUGGGAGGAAUUGCUUGACAUCCACCAGCCCGAGAUCCACAUCUCCGACUGGUGGGGCGCCCGGGCGGACUGCGGCUGCAAGUACUCGCUGCACGUGCGGCUGCUGGCUGCCGACCGCCGCGCCGUCCUCGCCACCUUCGAGGCCCAGCCCGAGCCUGUGCCACAGUGGAACGACCAGCAGUACCGACAGGUCUCGCACGUCUUCCGCCACUACGGCCCCGGCGUCCGCUACAUCCAUUUCUGCCACCGGGGCAAGGACACGCAGUUCUGGGCCGGCCACUACGGCGCCCGCGUCACCCACUCGGCCGUGGUGCUGCGGCUGGGCCCCCCUGCGGCCCCGCUGCCGCCCUCCGCCGCCCACUAGGCCCGGUGCCAUGGCGGGGGGGCCGUCAUGUCCCGGCCCCGCCGCUUGCCGGUGCUGUCGGCCCGUAAGAUGGCGGGCAGCGCUCUGCGGAGGACCGUGGCCUCGCUCCGGGGCUGGGGCCUCGGCGUGCUGCUGCCUCGCGGCCCCGCACCCCCGGGGCUGCCCGAGCCCCCC